AUGACAGACUCACUAAUAGAUGACGAGGUUUCUUCAGAUUUCCCUGUGGAAAGCCAUCCCAAACAGAGUUCCCAAUACGGUGCAGAUAAAGCCAAUGAUUUGGAGAGUCAAAUUAGUCAGAUCCUAGAAAUGGAGCCUAUUUCACUAAUAGACUCCAAUAAAAAAGCACAUGAUGAAAUUCCGGAUAAAUUUUCAGGAUGGGGUUUGACUUCUGUUAUCGGAUGUGCUUUCUUCAAUUUCAAUACUUGGGGUGCUAACUCUGCUUACGCUUUGUACUUACAGCAUUAUCUAAGUAACAAUACUUUUAAAGGUGCCGACAAAUAUUCAUAUUCUACAAUUGGUGGUUUGGCCUUUGGCACCGGCCUUAUCUUUUCACCGAUAAUUAACUACAUAAUUGGUAUAGUUGGUAUUAAACCGACAAUAUUCUUUGGAAUUAUAGUUUAUUUUGCUGCAGUUAUGAUGGCAUCAUUUGCUACUCGGUUGUGGGAACUCUAUCUGACGCAAGGGUGUCUUGCUGGAGUAGGUAUGGCGUUUAUAUGUGUCGCUAAUAUUAAUAUCUUGCCGCAGUGGUUCAAAGGUGGUAAAGGUGGUAAGAGAAAUUUGGCAAUGGGCAUCCAAGCUGCCGGAUCUGGUGCAGGGGGUAUUGUUUAUAACUUAGGUAUGCAACAGCUAUUAAAAAAUAAAUCGUAUCACUGGUCGUUAAGAGCACAGGCAAUCAUGUGUAUAGGGCUAAAUUUGAUUUCACUUUUACUUGUUAAAUCGAGAAAUGACAAUAUUAAGCCUGUUUUUAAAGUUUACGAUAGGCUAAUCUGGACUAACUUCGGUUGUCUUUUACUUAUUCUUUGGGUCAUGUUUACACUUUUGGGUUAUGUCACGAUGAUGUAUAACUUGGGUGAUUUCACAAAAUCACUGGGCUAUUCUUCACAACAGGGCUCUAUUGUCUCGAGUAUGAUAUCCGUAGGUAUCAUCUACGGUAGACCCAUAGUUGGUUGGAUAGGUGAUCUGAUUGGGCCCGUUAAUGUUACGAUUAUUGCAUCGUGGUUAGUUGCUUUAUUUUCUUUGGCUAUGUGGAUUCCAUGUAGAAAUUAUGCAACAGCCAUUGUGUUUGCACUGUUUGUUGGUUCAUUGAUGGGUACAAUUUGGUUGACCGCACCAACUAUGAAUGCACAAAUUGUUGGGCUCAAAAAAUUUGGAAUUGCAAUGUCUAUUAACUGGAUCUCAGUUGGUGUCUUUGGUUUGGUAUCGCCUAUUAUUGGCAUUGCACUAAAGAAAGAUGGACCUGUAUCACCAACCCAAUACCAGCCUGCAUCGAUAUUUGUGGGGUUAUGCUAUUUCAUGGCAGGUGUCGUAUUGAUGGUGGUGAGAGGCUGGUUGAUUGCCAGAAAUACGCAUGUUCUUGAUGAAAAGCUAUGCCAGAAUGAAGAUGAUCUACUAAAGGUUAAAGUUGGGUUUUCUGAAACCAUUAGGUCAAUGUUUCUAAAAGAAAGGGUAUAA